AUGGACGUCGUCGCGGCCGUCUCGGGCUACAUCUCCAAGAUGGUGACGGCCGGCGAGUCGGCCUCGGGAUCUUCGUCGACCAAGAUGAAGAUCUUGCUCUUGGAUAGUGAGACAGUACCGAUUGUCUCAACUGCUAUCACUCAAUCCGCUCUCCUCAAUCAUGAGGUCUACCUGAUCGACCGACUGGACAACUCCGCACGGGAGAAGAUGAGACAUCUUCGAUGCCUGUGUUUUGUGCGCCCAUCCCCGAGCUCCAUUCAGCUUCUCAUCGAUGAGCUACGAGAACCGAAGUACGGCGAAUAUCAUAUUUAUUUGAGUAACAUCAUCCGCAAGUCAUCCCUUGAGCGGUUGGCUGAGGCAGAUAGCCACGAGGUCGUCCAGUGUAUACAAGAGCAAUUUGCAGACUUUCUGGUUAUCAAUCCUGAUCUAUGCUCUUUGAAUCUGGGAUUUCCUUUGCAUCGGCUAUGGAGUCACUCCCCCGAUCUGUGGAACCCAGACUCGCUUCAACGAGCUACAGAGGGUACCCUAGCACUGCUACUAGCCUUGAAGAAAAACCCAUUGAUCCGCUACGAAAAGAACAGCUUUAUGGCUCGCAAACUUGCGACAGAAGUCCGCUACCAUAUCACGCAAGAGGAGCAGCUGUUCAAUUUCCACCGGACGGAUACCCCUCCUAUCCUACUAAUCCUGGACCGCCGCGAUGAUCCCAUAACUCCAUUGCUAACGCAGUGGACAUACCAAGCAAUGGUGCACGAAUUACUUGGGAUAAAGAAUGGGCGGGUGGAUCUACGAGAUGUACCUGAGAUCCAGCCGGAGCUUCAAGAGAUUGUCCUAUCUCAGGAUCAAGACCCUUUUUUUAAGAAGAACAUGUACCAGAAUUUUGGUGACCUGGGCCAGAACAUCAAGGAGUAUGUAGAGCAAUAUCAGGCCAAGACACAAAACAACAUGAACAUCGAAUCUAUCGCCGAUAUGAAGCGCUUUGUGGAAGAUUACCCGGAAUUUCGCAAGCUGGCAGGUAAUGUGAGUAAGCAUGUCACAUUGGUGGGAGAGCUGAGCCGUCGGGUUGGAGAAGAGACGCUUCUCGAUGUGAGUGAGUUAGAGCAAAGUCUGGCUUGCAAUGAAAAUCACGCCAGUGACCUUAAGUCUUUGCAACGCAUCAUUGCACUUGAAAAUGUCCCUGCCGAAAACAAGAUUCGCUUGGUGGCUCUCUAUGCGCUGCGUUACGAGAAACAGCCCAACAACGCUCUGCCCAUCCUCCUUGACCUCCUUGUGACGGCAGGCAACGUCCCCUCCAAUCAAGUGAAUAGCAUCUCUAAACUUCUUACCUAUCAUAAUUCGCUCCAAGCUCCGCCAGUUGCUGGUGGAUUCAGCGAUUUGUUUGAAUCAACUUCAUUCUUCUCCGGCGCAAGAGAUCGCUUCAAAGGCCUUAAGGGUGUCGAAAACGUCUAUACCCAACAUUCGCCACGGCUAGAAGUGACAUUACAGAAUUUAAUUAAAGGCCGUCUGAAGGAGCUGCAGUAUCCAUUCCUUGAAGGAAGUGGACACACGCGAGACAAGCCGCAGGAUAUUGUCAUCUUCAUGGUUGGGGGAGCUACUUACGAGGAAGCCAAGAUGGUGGCUCAGGUUAAUGCUAGCUCACCAGGUGUGCGUGUUGUUCUUGGUAGCACUAGCAUGCACAACAGUACGACCUUUUUGGAAGAAGUCGACGACGCUAUCGGCAGUUGGCCAGAAACGGGGUCCUCGACAGCUGCGGGACGGCUGCGACAGGAGGUUGGACGAUAA